AUGGGACAGCUUGGUGCAAAGAGGUUUGUCGAUCGAACAGAUGGUGAUGACAGCAGCUGCAUUGAAGAUGACCUUGACGACUGGAUUUGCAGCUUGCUGGCUGCACUGGAUGAGCGUGGUUUUGCUAACAAAAGGGUCCAAUGCAAUGACGAUGCCAGCAUACAAGUGCCCACCUAUGACUUGGUAAUCGAGGACAGCAAUCGUAGUGAACGGCCACUGGCCGCACAUGAAAGGUGUCGGACGAGUGGUGGUGGCUCGGUCGCACACACAAUAAAGAUGGCUUUGAUUGAUGAGGUCAGGGAGCUGCACAGCAGCCAGUCAGAGCGGUCAUGUAUCCAUGUUGUACUUGCCACCAAUGGCUUCACGUACCAGCCAGGGGACCAUGUUGCUGUGCUCCCAGAAAACUCAGAGCAGGAUGUCCAAGGAGCUGCAAAAGUUUUGGGUAUGGAUUUGGAUACUGUCUUCACCCUCAGGCAGCAAGAGGGCAACCCGCACAAGCUCGCUGCCCCCUUCCCUGGUCCAGUCUCACUGAAGACUGCCCUCACGACUUUUGCUGAUUUGACCUCACCGCCAAGAAAAUCUGCCCUACCGGCACUGGCAGCUUUUGCAUCGGAUAAGGAGGAAGCUCGCCGCCUGCUGUUCCUGUGUUCUCAUGAGGGCAAGGCGGAGUACCGCAAGUGUGUGCUUGAGAACAGGAUGAGCCUCCUUGACUUGUUCCAAGAGUUUCCUUCAGUGAAGCCAACACUGGGAGCUUUCUUUGCCGGCAUCUGCCCGAGGCUGCAAUCACGUUACUACUCCAUAUCCUCAUCGCCAACUGCACAUCCUGAUGAGAUACACAUCACCGCAGCUGUGGUAGAUGAAAUCAAGCCGUCGGGGAAGCGACACAAGGGCGUCUGCACCAAUUGGAUGAAAGCACAGCUACCAGGUACCUUUGCCCUCAUCCAUGUACGCACAUCUCACUUCCGACUGCCAGCUGACCCUGAGGUUCCAAUCAUCAUGGUGGGCCCUGGUGCUGGGUUGGCGCCUUUCCGUGGAUUCCUACAGGAGAGGGCAGCACUACAGCAGCAAGGUCGGAAACUGGGCCCAGCACUGUUGUUCUUUGGGUGCCGAAGCCGAAGGAAGGACUUCAUCUAUGAGGAUGAGCUUCGGCAGCACUUGGAGGAUGGCGUCCUCACAGAGCUGUACACUGCUUUUUCAAGAGAUCAAGAGAAAAAGGACUAUGUGCAGCAUCACCUACUCGCAAACAAGGAGAGGGUGUGGGCAACGCUGAGCGGCAACCGCAAGGGCGUGUUCUACGUCUGCGGGGAGGCGGCGCGCAUGGCCAGAGACGUGCACGCAGCCUUGGUAGACAUAGUGCAGCAGUGUCAGAAGUGCUCAGGUCCCGUGGCGGAGAUGAUUGUGAAGUCGCUGAGCGACCAGGGGCGGUACCAGAAGGACAUUUGGUAG